AUGCCUCAGGGAAAGGGUUACAACAUUACUAGCUCCGGCACUAAUAGCCAGGGCAACCACUACUGUUCCCGAGACUACGGCUCCAGCGGGUCCAACUCCAACAGCUACCACUAUUCCAACACCAAUGGAUCCUACUACUAUUCCAACCCCAAUGGGAGCACCUACUACAAUAGUGGAAGUGGUAGCUCGACCUACACUGCUCCUUCGGGAAAGAGCUCCGGCUCGGGCUCCGGCAAGAAGUGA